ACAUAUCUGUCCACUCUUCCAUAGUUUACGAAUCUCUCUCUCUCUCUCCUCAAAUGCUUCUCCUGCACAGAACCUCCUUCCUCUGCCUCGGCCUUCCCAAACCUCAGUUCAUCUUCGCAAGCGCUCCAAGGGAUUCCGCAAGCGUUCGCUCGGAUAAGGCGAAGGUUCUCCCCUUCGGUCGGUGCCGGUACCGACGGCUCUGCUCAGUUAACGGCGACGGCAAUGCUUACAGUCCAUCAGAGGCAGAAAGUAGCUGCCCCAAUGAAGAAGGCAUUGACCACAGUGGAAGACGCGAGGGCGGACCCCUGGCGUCGAAUGAGACACUGAAGAAAUUGAAGAGAUAUGGAAUAGCUGGGAUAUUGUCCUAUGGGUUGUUGAACACUGCUUACUACCUUUCAACAUUUCUUCUGGUCUGGUUUUACUUUGCACCGGCACCAGGAAGAAUGGGCUACCUUGCUGCGGUUGAAAGAUUCAUCAAGGUAAUGGCCAUGGUUUGGGCUGGAAGCCAAGUCACAAAGCUUAUAAGAGCCGGAGGGGCCCUCGCUCUUGCGCCUUUUGUAGACAGAGGAUUGUCCUGGUUUACUACAACAUACAAAUUUGAAUCUCAGGAGAAGGCAUUCUUGGCAAUCGUGGGUUUUUGCUUUGGCCUGGCCGUCUUGCUGUUUUUGGCUGUGACACUGAUCUCAGCGUGAUAAUGCAUUCUUUUUGUUGGGGACAUGGUCGGUUUGUGGUCGAAGUUUCUUGUGAUGGGGGAAGCGUUGCCAAUCUCAUGUUUGUACUGCAACUAUAUCCCAAGAUGGUCCAUAGUUCAAAUGCAGCUUUAAGAUAGAGCCCUCCCAAAGACCAUGCAAUUCAUCGAUUUGGAUUGGAUGCAGCCGGACUGAUGCUUGUGUCCUGAUGAAAUUGAGAAGCGUAAUUGGCUUCUUUUGCAAAUGUUAAAGCUCAGAAUUGUGCCACCAGCUCUUUCA